AUGAACGAGGAGAUGACAAAAAGCGAGGAGCAGCAUCUGAGUUUGCAGAAAGCCUUGCAGCAGUGCGAGUUGGUGCAAAACAUGAUAGACAUAAGCAUUUCCAGUUUGGAGGGUUUACGGACCAAAUGUGCCACAUCCAACGACUUGACACAAAAAGAGAUCCGAACGCUGGAGGGUAAGUUGGUGAAGUACUUCAGCCGCCAGCUGUCCUGCAAGUGCAAAGUGGCCUUAGAGGAGCGCAGUGCAGAGCUGGAAGACUUCCCUCGCCUCGACCACUGGUUCCGCAUCGUCAACUUAAGGAAGGAGGUCGCAGAGGAGAUGAAUGCAGGUGAGGUUAAUUUGGAAGGUCUACUGGAGAUGAGUGAGGAGCAGGUGUGUGAGCUGUUGCAGAAGUUUGGUGCCAACGAAGAAGAAUGUGCCCGACUUAACGCUUCCCUCUCCUGCCUCAGAAAGGCUCACCAACUUGAACAACUUGAGGAGGAUAAAUUGCACAGUAAUGGAGGGAGCCAAGCAAAACAGGACUGGUCCAUCCAGUGGCCCACCUCUGAAUCUGGAAAGGAAAACACUCCAGUGUGCCAGCCAGAGGCCAGUCAGUGGAUUCGUUUCCAGCUCUCCCAAAGCCCCAAAGUUCAGUCCAAGUACAACCAGCACAUGUGCCACAGUCCACAAGCUCUGGCACCCCCUUUCUACACAGAUCGACUUACUGUUGAAAACCCCGCCACAGGACUCUUCCCUUCUUUUGACUCUGGUCACCGUUCCCUGCCACCAUCACCUCGCCAAAGGCAUUUUGGUCACACACCUCCUCGGACUCCUUUGGUGGUCAACACCAUGACUCCACCAGGUACUCCCCCCAUGAGACGAAGGAACAAAGUGAAGGCCCCUGGAACGCCACCACCGCCAAGCCGCAAGCUCAUCUAUCUGCUGCCUGGUUUCACGGCGUUGCAUCGGAGCAAAUCCCAUGAGUUCCAGCUGGGGAACCGCUUGGAUGAGAAUCAAACACCAAAAGCCAAGAAGAAGACAAAGCCCUUGAACCUUAAGAUUCACAGCAGUGUUGGGAGCUGUGAGAAUCUGCCCACGCAGCGGUCACCGCUCAACAGCGAACGAUCUUUGCGAUCCUUCUUCUUUCCGUCUUUCAUCCCUUCCACACCUCCCGUUCAUGCUGAAACACCCUCUGCAAACACUCUUUCAGUGCCUCGCUGGUCCCCACAGAUUCCCCGAAGAGAUUUUGGAAACUCAAUAAAACACCGGUUUUCCACCAAGUACUGGAUGUCCCAGACAUGCAUAGUAUGUGGAAAGGGAAUGUUGUUUGGACUAAAAUGUAAAAACUGCAAGCUGAAGUGCCACAACAAAUGCACCAAAGAAGCCCCACCUUGCCAUUUAUUGAUUAUACAGCGAGGCGGACGAGAAUCCCUCAAAGAUCAACAGGGAACCAUUCAAGUAGCUCGUCUGGUACGGACUGAAUCAGUGCCAUGUGACAUCAACAAUCCACUCAGGUACACAGACCUGCACAUCAGUCAGACGCUCCCCAAAACCAACAAAAUCAACAAGGAUCACAUCCCAGUCCCCUACCAACCGGACUCCAGCAGUAAUCCAUCAUCCACCACCUCCUCCACUCCAUCCUCCCCGGCUCCUCCGUUGCCCAGCAGUGCCACUCCGCCAUCACCACUGCAUCCUUCUCCACAGUCGGCACGGCAACAAAAACAGUUCAACUUGACUGCCUCCAGUUACUUCAAAUACAAGCAGCAAUUCAUCUUCCCUGAUGUUACACCAGAGGCACCUCCCAGUAGAGCACCGCAAGUUAUUCUGCAUCCGGUCCUCUCUGAACAGGGGAAUGAGAGCAACCCCUUACUUCAAAUCGAAGUGGAACCGACAUCAGAUAAUGAAGAUGCGAACGAUGAGGACUCUGGCGAUGAGUUUGAGGAGAUGAAUUUGUCCCUUUUGUCUGCUCGCAACUUCCCACGCAAAGCCAGCCAGACGAGCAUCUUCCUACAGGAGUGGGACAUCCCCUUUGAGCAGCUGGAGAUUGGAGAGAUGAUCGGCAAAGGGCGCUUCGGCAAGGUGUUCCACGGACGGUGGCACGGAGAGGUUGCCAUCCGAUUGAUCGACAUCGAGCGGGACAACGAAGACCAGCUGAAGGCUUUCAAACGGGAGGUGAUGGCGUACCGCAACACUCGCCAUGAGAAUGUGGUGCUGUUCAUGGGGCUGUGCAUGAGCCCACCGCAUCUGGCCAUCAUCACCAGCUUGUGUAAAGGCAGGACACUUUACUCUGUGGUGCGGGAUGCCAAGGUUGUCCUAGAUGUUAAUAAGACGCGACAGAUUGCACAAGAGAUGGUCAAGGGGAUGGGCUACCUCCACGCUAAGGGGAUAUUACACAAAGACAUGAAGUCCAAGAAUGUGUUUUAUGAUAACGGCAAAGUCGUCAUCACUGACUUUGGACUUUUUACCAUAUCUGGAGUUCUGCAGGCUGGCAGCCGGAGAGAAGACAAACUGAGAAUCCCCAACGGCUGGCUGUGUCACCUGGCCCCAGAAAUUAUUCAGCAGCUUUCUCCAGACACAGAGGAGGACAAGCUUCCUUUCUCCAAACAGUCAGACGUCUUUGCUUUCGGCACCAUCUGGUAUGAGUUACAUGCACGUGAGUGGCCUUACAAGAGUCAGCCAGCGGAGGUGAUCAUAUGGCAGAUUGGAAGUGGCAUGAAGCCUAACCUUGCCCAAACUGGGAUGGGGAAGGAGAUACUGGAUAUUUUGCUAAUGUGUUGGUCGUGCAAGCCAGAAGAGCGGCCCAGCUUCUCCAAGCUGGUAGAUUUACUGGAAAAGUUGCCAAAAAGGAACCGCCGCCUUUCCCAUCCAGGGCACUUCUGGAAGUCAGCUGAGCUGUAACGGAGACAUCGAAGGGACUAUGUUCGUCUACUGCUCUGCUCACAUCUGUUUCACCGCCCACCUGCCUGCCCUGCCACCUGUGCUCUCUUUGCUCCACCUUGCUUCCUCAACCCCAUCUAUUCCUGCCUGUUCUUCCUGCCAUAGCGCAGACACGUACAUACAACUGUACAUGUGCCCUCAUGCCUGAAUGGACCCUUUAGCGGUCAGUACUGGCCCACUUUGCUGGGGUGGGUCAUAAAACAAAACCGCAGACUUUCAAACAGAGAGGCCUUUCUCCACUCUAUGCCUGAAGAUGAUUGUGAAGCUUAGAUCCCAAGAGACACAUUCUCAGCAGCUCACCCGCUAAACUGUUUCUGAUAAGAUCUAAUUUAGCAAGUAAUGUAUUUUCUGUUCUUUGAAUAUAUUACAUUAUCACAACAUUUAUGGUAACAACUCCUGUGGUUUAUUAUAAUUUCCAAUACAUCAUACAGUGAUGAAAAAAAUAAUAAACAUAGCUUUCAGUCUUUCUCAGCUCUGAAAGAACCCUUCCAUCUUUUUUGGUACCUAUGAAUUAACAAAUUUAGAAAUUCAUGGUUUUGAUUCUGAGGCAUAGACAGUCGUAUUCUAAUUUUACCUUCAAGCAGCCUAUAAAAUCUCCACAAAAAUGAGUUUUUCAAACCUUUAAAAUUUUUCUUUUUGUUUUUUUAAAAAAUGCUUGUCACAUACAAAACCAGCUUCUCCUGGGGAAUCCCAUGGUGUUUCCCGGCCAGCUGAGAAACAAAACAUAGUUCCUCAUUUAUCAUUUCUCGUUCCUCGUUUAUUUAUACUUUCCACUGACACUAUCUGAGUAUAACUGAUUCUAUUACAUGGUCUAGUGUGUAUUUAGGCAUGAUUUAAUUCCACUAAAGUUCAGGGUUCACAGACGACUCCAAGACAAAGCUCACAGCCUUUUUGGAAAAUGGAAAAAAGCUAAACAACCUGUAAAAAUAUAGAUUUCCAACUAGAUAAGCAAGACAAACACUCACCCUUGUCUGCAAAAGUUUUUAAAUCUAAAUGAACAGCCUUUGUUGACAGCCUCAGCUACCAGAUUAGGUUUGAGGAUAAUAUUUCUGACACAUUGAUGCCUGUUUUCUCCCUAUUAUUGUUUGAAGAGUGCUAACAUUGAAAUGGCCACAUCUUUAUUAUUUCUAUGUGUCUGACAUCAAUAGAAAGCUUAUAAUGUCAAAAUCUGUAAUUAGCUCAAACUGCCCCCAGGAAGACUUGCUCCUGGUUUUGUUGCUGCCAAUCUAAAAUCUGUUUUUAACAUGCUCAUUUCUGUCCAAACUUAACAAAGAUGUUAAUGCAUGUUCAUUUAAUUUGUUCCUUAACAAAAAAAUAAAAAAUAAAUUGGAAAAAAUUGCCGGGAGAAGACCUUUAACAAGGUGUGCUAAGUGUGCUGUAUCUGUAUGUGUACAGUACAUCGAUAGUAUAAACAGCUUGGUAAAGCUGUCAGCUAACAUUAUGACCCCAAUCAGUUAGCCAGAACUAAAUUACAAGGAGAUACAGAUUCAAAACAAUUAAAAGCUUUUAUUGAGCAAAAAUCAACACAACAAUAAUCAUCUGUAAAAAUCACAGCAUAUUUCAACUAUUCUGCAUUAACAUCUGGAUUGUUCACAUGCACUGAGGGAUUCAAUUAAAGUGCUCAACUCAGCUAGUUUGCCAAUUUCAAACUAUUCCUAAUUAUUUCCAGUGUUUAAAUUAGUUGAGCAUUAGAAAUUAAAUCUUUACUACCUCAGAAAUGACACUCUAUGUGCUUUUGCUGAAAAUAUAACUAAAUUGAUUACCUUCUGGUUCCAAUCCUGGUGUCAGGAAAAGAUUGUGGUUUUCACAAAGAAAAUUGAUUUCAAAACCUCUUAUGAUUCAUGCCCACAUUUCUUCUAAAAAACAACAGAUUUUUUUAAACAGUCACAUAAUAAUUCUGCCAGCUGGUAGAGCACAAAGUAAUGCAUCAAUUAGAGAAACAGAAUGAAACACCAUAAUUUUUAUUUUUAAUUUAUUUAUUUUUUUGACAGUGAAACCUAUUUGCAAAAGAAAAUAAGCUCUAGAUGUUAGCCAAAUAAUGCUAACCAAAAAUAUUAAUGCUGUAAUUUGGAACGUGAGCAUGUCAAAGACAUUUUAUUCUCUAAGUGGCCACUAAUCAGCUGCAUUUGCGCUGUUGAGAGUUAAGUGCCUUGUUUAGGGCCAUUUCAGCAACUAAGGUUGUAAAAACAAAACAUUUUAUUUUACACACUGACACUAAUAUGCAUUAGAACAUUUCAGCUGCAGAAAGUUUCAAAAAUCCAACACUUACCAUAGAUUGUAGUUUUAUCAGAGCAUUUGUCAACCAUACUUUCUUGAAUCUUAGAAAUAAAUUCAAACUGAAAGAAAAUAUAUUUGUUUGAUUACAAGUCAAGCUCAGGAGUUAUUCUUCUGAAAAUAUUUGAAACAUACUGAGAGCCAAAGGAGGAUAUUUAUACUUUCCAAUGACACUAUCUGAGUUUAACUGAUUCUAUUACAUGGUCUGCUAACUUAGAAAUCGGCACACGCGUUUGUCUGAAGAAGCAAAUUAAUCUCUUCCAAGUCACUGAGAAAGAAUGGAAUAAAUUUCAAAAGUCCAAUAGCAACCACAAGAAUGUGAAAUACCUCUAUUGAUAUUUUGCAUCCGGUAGAAUGAAUGUCUUGUCCUUUCUGUGAAGAAUUUGCUUCUGAAACAUUGAAUCACCAAGGGAUCUGAGAAUUAUUUAUUUUUUAUUUUCUAAUAAACGUGCACAGCAUUUGUACAGGCACAACCACAAAAAAUACAGCUAGAAAAUAGAUAUUUAUGUUUGUUGAAAACAGCGAGCUAACUGGAUAUUCAAACUCUUCCCCCACACAUGUAGGUGUGUAAUAACCUCAAGGCUAUGCAAUAAACAACAAAGAGAACAUACAGUUCAGUAUUUUACUAAAGUGCUUAUUUAUUUUGUUGUUUUUUUUUUUAGAUGUCCAGGUUCUCUUUUGUUUUGAAAACUACUCUCACAUUUAAUUUUCAGCUAAUUUCUUUUUAAUGAGUAUGUUUUUUCAAUAAAGAUGGAUCUUUCAGUGGCUUCCUUGUGCGUUCUACAGUGAGAAUACAUUUCCAAUAUAUUUCCAAGUUCAGCUUCAGUUCAUUUCAUAAGAAUUUUCUGAAGUACACUAAUGCAAAAAUAGUGUAUAGUAAUAAAGCGGAAUAAAAAUGUCUAAUGUUUUUUUAACAAACAAAAAUAUGAAGACUUUGGAAUUUAUUUUGGUGCACUGACUAGUUAAAGUGCUUUGGAAUAUGCCCCUAUGAGCUUUGUGCAUCAAUAUAAUUAUUUUCUAAUUUCUUUAAAAAAUAGCUCAAGCUCAGUCAGGUUUGAUGAAUGGUGUUUGUAAACAACAAUUUAAAUUCUCAACUAAGUUUCACAAAAUUUUAAUUCAACACUUACAAACUUUGUCCAGUCAAUUCUGACACAUUAAUUGCCUUUGAUCAUCGUUAUUCUAUGUUGUACUGGCAUUAUGUUUAAGAAAAUUAUCCUGCAUCAAGCUAGCUUCCCUGUCCCUGCUGAGUAAAGCUUUCCCACAUUAUGACACAGCCACCUCCAUGUUCCACUGAUACCACCCAAAUUUAACAUUUUGACUUUUAACUAAAAAGCUAUGUGUGACAAAAAUGACCUAUUCACAUAUUUCUUAACAGAUCAUAACUGUCAAUCGAUUCAUAAAGUAGAUGUAUUCAUAGUAAUGAUCUGUUAAGGAAUAUGUAAAGAGGUCAUUUUUUCCACACAUGGCAUUUUAGUUAAAAGUUCAAAUGUUAAAUUUUGGUUUUAUAACCUAGCUGGAAACAGUCAGAAGGAUAACUUUCUUGCUCUAGCAUGGUUCUUCUUCACAUUGUUUCAUAAAUUUAUUUAGGUGACUUUUGAAGGAAUUUGGUUGCACUGGACUUUAGGUGAAGAAAAACAUAUAAUAAACUUUUCAUUUCUGUUUCUUGAAAAUAAGUACAAAGUAUAAUUUUCCUUCCACUUUGCAAUUUUGGGCUUCUUUUUGUUGGUCUAAAUUCAAACAUGGAUGAAAUGUGAUAAUGUGAAAAAAGUUUAAAGUAUGUAAACACUGUGCAAAGCACUGGACAGUGUGUUACAUAAUUGUUAUAUGAGUGAAGUAAGAGCCUGUGAAAGCCACUGACAUGGGUGGAAAUAAGCACAAUUUUCACUGCAGUUUUUCAAAUUUAUUUAUUUACCUUCUUUUGUCAAUUGUUGGAUUAAAUUCUAGUAGAACAUAAAGAGCACAUAACUUUGCUUUGAGUGAAUCUUGUCAUUAGAAGCUCAAAGGACAAUCUGCCAACCACAUUUCAUUGUGUGCAAGACAUAUUCUCAUAUUCUGUUCUACACUGGCUUAACUUAACAAAUAACUGGAAGUUUAAAUCUUUGAGAGCCAGUUUUAUUUAUUUAUUUUAUUGUUUUACAAUUAGUGAGUUGUAUGAGUGUACACAGUGUGGGCAGACAGCAACAGACCUACUUUUCUCCAACUUGGAGACUUAGCUAAUGGAACUUAGCUAAUGGAACAUGUGAGGAUCAAAUACGAAAAACACAACAUCCAAAAUUAAAACAGGAAUAUAUUAGUCAGAGUGAAGAGCAUUAGCCUGCAAAUUGAGGCAUUAUCUGCUCUCCUGCUUGCCUAAUUUUCUGUAUCAAAUCAAAAAUAUUUAUUGGUGACACAUGAAAAGUAAUCUGGGUAAAAACUAGGUUUCUAUGACAAACUAAGAUGAGUUUGUGAAAUGCAAAGACACAUUUUUCCACUACUAAUUGCUUUCAAUACAUUGUUACUUUUUGCAUUUGAUUGUGAAGACAGGGACUCAAAAAAAUCAUUUCUAUGUGACUGUUACGUUGUACAAGGGAGCACACUAAAAGGCCUUCAUAUGGAGUUUUGCUAAAUUAUUUAUACUCCUUGACCUUUCUUACACGUUAUCACAUUAAAACCACAAACUGCAGUGUAUUUUCUACAGAAAUUUUCUGUGACUUACCAAAAUAAAGUUAUGCAUAAUUGUGAAGUAAGAGAAUUAUAUGAAUACAUAUAUUUUUACAAAUAAAACAUCCCUAAAGUGUGGAGUGAAUACCAUAGUUUCAGAGCUGCAAUUUGCAUGUACUGAAAUUAUAGUUGCAACAUGUCUCCACUAGUUUUGCACACCCAGAGGCUGAAAUUUGUUUAAAAGUUUGUUCACCAAUGGUCCGUAAAGUACCUAAUGCAUUCACUGGACAGCUGCACUUAUAACUACAUUACAUACAAAGGGAUACUUUACCAAUUAGGUGACAUUUGACAGCAAAUGUGGCAUUUAAAAACAAAAAAAGAAAGUUAAAAUCCUUACUCCCUUUAUCCAUUAUCCACAAUUAUGCAUUAGUUUGUGUAAAUCUAUCAAAUAAAUUCCAAUGAAAUACACUGAGGUUUGUGGUUGUGACAAGAUAAAACCUGAAAAACAUUUAGGAGCAUAAAUACUUUUUUCAAAGAACUUUAAUCCUGUUGUUUUCUUCUCAGUAGGUUUUGUUUGCCAAUCUUGAAAAACCUUAUUAUUACUGAAUAAACAUCAAACUUGAGCAUGUACAGGAUGAUGUCAAUUACAGGCAGCUUUUCCAAGGGGGGAAAGUUGAUCCAACAUAAACAGACUAACCUGAAUAUUCAGUGUAACCUUUUUUCUAAAGGCAACAACUACAAAUGCUCAUUCUAAUGUUCUCUGAAUCUGCUUUUACCAUUUCAGUAGAAAUUGCUUGCUGUGAAAAAUAAUUAUUUUUUGUACAAUGCUCAGCCCUUUGUACAGUAAUACAUGCCAUUUCCUUCAUGUCUGCAAGAUGCUUUGCUGCAAAACAAUCAUUGUCUGAUCUAUCAUGCUCCUUUUCCUGACUUGAGACGAAUCACCUCCGUAACCUGAUCCUCAAAAUCAAUCUCUUGUUCUUCACGAUUACCCGGAUCAUCAUUCUCAUGACAAACAAUGCUGUCUACACGGAAAGGAGCCCAUCUGUCAUUUGAACUCGUAAUGAGUCGUCAUUUGUAUAAUUUGUACAGAUGUUUAUAAAAGUUUUCUACCCUUCAAGAAAUGAUUUAGUUUCUGCUGUUGAACUGAAUGUCACUGAAUUCAAAUCUACAGGCCUUGUUAUAAAAUUUGUGUUUUUUGUGCAACAUUUAAAUUUGUUCUUCUGUCCAGAAGAGAGAAGAAGAAAAAAAAAGGA